AGUGCCCGGGUCAAAUGGGAAUUAAAGGACACGGUUUAAGACCGUGACACAGUUAGGGAAAGCUAAACGCGUUGUAUAAAGCUAUUUAUUUAAGAGCCGAACUGCACCAACGGCAUUGUUGUCUACUUUCACUACAUUCUGCGGUGUUCGGGGAGCUGGAAGUGCGCAUGCACUGCGACAACGCUGUAUUGAUUUACGUGUUGAAAAGAACUGGGACAACCGAUUUGGUGUGGCAAGACACAAGAUCCAGUCGCAGGUCUACUUCCCACGAAGAAGAUGACCAUGGUACCGCUGCAUCUAGCAAUAGUAUGCUUCCUAGUUAGCACAGGUCCAGCAACAGCAAUUCUUCAUAACGUAACAGAGCAGGCGGUAAUGAAGCAUAUCUUUGAGGACCAAGCAUACGACAAAAAUAUCCGCUAUCAUAACAAUACGGUUACUAAUGUUACCAUUGGACUGAGUCAGAUAUCUAUUGACAAUGUAGAUAUUGUUGGAGGGAAGAUAACUAUCCGCGCUUUUCUUCAGCUGGGGUGGAAAGACGAACGCUUGGCUUGGAGUCCUGCUGAAUACCAGGGUUUGUCCAAGAUAACGCUAGAUAAAGACCAAGUAUGGAUGCCAGAUAUUUCUGUGUACAAUCACGUUGCUGGUGAGUCAGAUGCCGAAGAUGGACCCUCCUUGUCUAUUUUGAAAAUAUUAGCCUAUGCUGAUGGGAGUGUUUUGUACAUUCCCUCUCACUCUUAUACUGUAUACUGCGACCUGGAUCCCAGCAAAUCAGCAACCUACUCGAAUCGUAAUUGCGAAAUUAAGUUUGGAUCCUGGGCUCACGACGGGUUUCAGAUCAACGUUCUGGUCAGUCCAUAUUCGAAUUCCAUGACUGACCUAGUGCAGAACAAGGUGUGGGAAGUUAUAUCUGUAAAACCAAGGAGAGAAAAUAAGUUUUACGCAUGCUGCCCUGAGCCCUACCCGAAUAUCAUUUUCAACAUUGAAUUUCGAUUGAGAAUGGAUAAACGUCUGGGUGUAGAAGUUUCAAAUGAGCGUAGAUUAUAUCAUUACUUGGUGGAUGAUUACGUUCCUGAUGUAAUGCCCGUGCCAAAAGUAAGAAGGAACACGUCGUACGAUUACAAUGACCCUAUGGUUACGGUGGGAAUGUACGUAGGAGUCCUUCGAGUUACUGAUGUUGAUUUUAAAACUCACACCAUGGUCUCCACUUUCCUCAUGCUGAAGCGUUGGGUGGAUGAGGAGCUUGCAUGGGACCCUGCUCAUUUUGGAGGGAUUAAUAAGACUGAAGUUCCCAGUGAUAGGGUUUGGAAACCAGCAUUUUUGAUAGCCAAUAGAGCUGAAGAAUGGUACGAUAUGAAUAACGAAAUGCACGUGCAGUCGAAUGGCCAGGUCCGAUGGGGAAUCAGCUACACGAUGAGGACAUUCUGCACGUUGGACGUGUACCGUUUCCCGUAUGAUAGUCAUACAUGUUAUCUGUGGAUUAUGUCCUACAGACAAGAUGCUUCAAAGCUCGGAAUCAAGAUAUUAGGUGCAUGGGGCGGUGGCAGGUCCCAGUUUCUUCAGGAAAGCCUAGAAUGGAACAUAGACAGUGUCGAAGGAACGCAAGAAAAUUGGCAACUACCGGGUGAUGAGAAAUAUCCUGCAGCACAGAUUGUCAUCAAGAUAAGCAGAAGGUCCACUUACUACACGCACGUCUUCACUGCACCCUGUGUGCUUCUCGCUUUCCUGACUCCGGUGGUGUUCCUGCUGCCCACUAGUGCUCCAGAGAAAGUGACUUUGGGGAUUGGUAUUUUUGUGUCUCUGACUUUGCUUCUUGAGAUUUUGGAGGACAACAUGUUUGCGGCGAACAAUGUGCCCAUCAUUGCUUUAUAUUACGUGGCCACGAUGGUAUUGACCGCCUUUUCAAUUCUGAUGUCCACAAUUAUCCUUAACGUGGUGGAUAAGGGUAAAAAAGAUCGCUUCAUACCCAAAGUGCUAAGAGUUAUCUUCCUAAACGUGCUGGGUAGAAUCCUUCGUGUUACCCCAUCAUCGACACGGGAUCGCGAGAUGGUAACCUUUAACGAGCUUGAAAACCAUGGCGACGGUUUAGACGGAAGUGAUGUCAAAGAUGAUCACGUGCACAUAACCCAUGGCGGGCCUUCCAUGAAUGAGUGGUUCACUUUGGCUGCCGUUAUUGACCGUCUGUUUUUCCUAACAUUUCUGGUAGUGGCCAUAAUAUGUAGCAUUGCAAUGUUUGCCUCUGGAUAAGAAUAUUGCCCAGAACGGUUCCAGAACGGUUGAUAUGUAUUACAGUUAAUUAAAGGUACACUCCAUGGGUUUGAAAACCCCCAAAUUGCUUAUCUUUGCCAUCCACGGCUUCUUAUAAAACUUUACAUUCACCUUAAAUGAUUAAGCCUUUAGAUCUAUUUUUCUGGGGCGUACCUGAUGUUGAUAUUUCCUAUGGAAUUAAUAGGAAGAUGCUCGCUGACUGGCCAGUCAUUUUAAGCUAAAACCAAUCUUUAUUUUUGAAGGAUAGAUAAGUAAUCCGCGCGGCGGGUACAAGAAAAUCGCUUAUUUUCCAGGGAAAAUCCAUUUUAGCGGGUAAAUCACAUGUAGUGGACCUUUAAGUGUCACAUAGACGUGUUUUGAGUCUGACUGAUACGCAGACUCAUUAAAAAAAGAAAAACCAUUUGAAGUAUUAGUUUUGGCUGAUACAUGUAGGGCAAUACCAGUUGCUACGUAUCAUAUGUGUCAAAAGCUUUUUAUGAACCACGUGCAGUGCAGAUCAUUAUGCAAUCAACUUUAGCUACGCUAUUAUACCGAAGCUAGUAAAACUAAGGCGUGUUACAGGUAUUAAAGCUGCUAGAGGUAGGCCUACAUAUUUUCAAGCAUUAGGGAAUUUCGUGCAGCAAUGGACGCCAUGGAUCGACACACGUCUUCACUUUCAAAGACAUAGAAUUUAGCACAUGGUGGUUUCUGUAAAGCACUUUCAUUGUUCAGUUUUAUACUUUAAUGAUUAUAUUUAUAAUUGAUCACACACCUGCAGCUUCUAAGCAGACUUUAUACGCAGUUCUACAUAUUAAAAAUAUGGUAUUGAAUAAUAUAUAUAUAUAUAUAUUUUUUUUUUCUCGAGAUAAAUUGGCCAUCUUCUUAUUCAAUAUUCAUCAAAAGAUAUAGCAUAUAGUCUUAUUAUGCAGAGUUUUUUCUUAAUGAAAAACUAUAGGUAUUUCAUCAGGAAUGUAAAUUUCUUCAGUUUUAAACUUCAUGUAUCCAUGCCUUUAAUCGUUUUGUACAUUUGUCCAAGCUUCUAUCGUCGUAACUUUUUUCUUACAGAAUAUUCGGUUAUAAAACAACGGUAUUAUUACACGAUAUGUUUAUGUUACGGAAAAGGUUAUUGUCCUGUUAUUGUAAAAAUAUGUACAGAUUGGCAGUUCUUUUGUGAAAACCCCAAUCCUUAUCCCCAACGAACUUAGUAUUUUUGAGAUGUGAAAUAUAAUAACGAUUUGAAUUAGCUAAUAAUAACAUAUUAACUAUAGUAGUUCCGUCAAAACAACAGCUGAGAUAAGUCUUAUUCGCUUUCCUAUAAUAAGUAAUCUUCACAAAAGGAUACAAGCUGUGUAAAUAAGCUUGAACUUAGCAGUUGUGUUGAAUAAACUUUUAUAUGACAUGGGUAUGUAGGAUAGUUAUUAGUGAAUGGUGCUGCGCAUUGCACACCAUUGACAACACAGCUAAGAAUGCGCAACGCUAUCACAGCUUAUGAAAAUUAAUAGAUUUUAUUUCUUAUUUUGAGUAAAUAAACUUAUUUCA